AUGAGUACACACACUAAACUUGGUUUUAGUAGAUCCUUAAAGGAGGUUUCACCACCCCAAAAAGAAAGCCUGUCUAUUCAACAAGUGCUGGAAAUGUUUCAUUCCCCUUACACUGAAUAAUUGACUGAUCGAAAGAGUGAAGCCAUCGUAAGAUUCUGUAGACAAAGAUCAGGAGGGUUCUUAUUGGAGGAGAUUCAAGAAUUGAUUGAGAUAUUGAGAUUAUCUAUUGCUGAAAACAACGCAUUGAUGUAACCAGCCAUAUAAAAAAUUUGCGAAACUGCUUCUGUUCCAUUCAUCAAAUUAAGAACCUCAGAUUAGUUGAAAUUUGUUCCGAAAUUAAGUGAAUUCCUCGAUACUUUGAAGCCUGUGCUCUAUAGUCCUCAAUAAGAAUCAGGUAGUCAAUAGCCUGAAUUACGAAUGCCAGUAAUUAAGUUUUUGAAAUGUUUUGCAGAAGAAGGAAUUAGCGAGAUAAUGAAAGAGGAAGCCUCCUUUGAGUAAUAAAAGAAGUAAACAGAAUUGUCCCCCUUGCAACACCUUUUGAAGAAUGGAACAAGAAAUCUAAGGGCGUUGAAUUAAUCCAAUUUGAUUGAGAACAUCAUCUUUACUAUGCAGCAUUAUUCAAAACAGUAUGAAUAUUUAUUGCCCUUACUUGAAUUGAUUUCUAGUUGCAUUCUCUACAGAGAUCUAGCAGCUAAAUUUUCAAAUUUUGGCAUUCUAAAGGAUAUUGUGUAUGUGAUAUUUGAAUGCGAAGAUUUUAGAUCCUACAUUGUGAAAUCAUGCUUUGAGAUUAUUUGGAACACAAUUGAAGCUGUUGGAGUAGCAUCGAUCAAGUUAUUUGCAGUGGAAGACAUCAUUUCAGGGUUGAAGAAACUAUUCGAAAACAUCAUGAAAUAGGGAUAUAAAUUGGAAGACAAGUGUCUAAGAAAUGAAAUCUUAAUCUUAUUAAACUAUUUAAUGAGAGAUGAGAAGGCAUUAUAAUAUUUUGUUGAUAAGCCUCAAGCUCAUACAAUUUAAUAAUAGACCAAUUUCUUAGAAGUCUUGUUGUUCUAUGCCACAAUUGAUGAGGUCACAUUCUAUAAUGAACCAAUCAGAACUAAUUAGUUAAAAGCAUUCUUUGGUACCACUAGUGAAGACUUAGAAUUCAAGAAAUUGAUUUGGAGUGGAAUUUUAACAGCUGUUCAAUCGGGCAAUUAAGCUGUCUUGGAGGCUGUUAAGGAGUCUCCCUUCAUUAUCACUCUAUUAUUAUACAUAGAUCCACUUGCCAAUAGUUAUGCUGUUAAUAGAUGGUCUCCUCCGUAAAAAAAAGAAUAUAAUUACAUUGUUUAGGAAUAUUUGGGAAAUGCCAUUGUAUAUUUAAAAGAUGAUUUUUACGAAAAGAAUGGUCUGUUUUGUCUAACCAAGUUUCUCACUAACACUCAAGAAUUGGAUCACAAGGAAAGGUGUUUGAAGGCCUUCAAUAAUGCAUCAGAAUUUGAAUAGAAUUACAAAAUCAAAAUUUGUGAUGAAGGUGUGAUGGAUAAUCUCAUAGAAUUCUUGUAAAAUGAAAAUGACAAUGAUAAUCCAUUAAAAAUAAAGGAGUUGUGUUUCUCCAUUAUUUCCAAUUUGUGUAAGGAGUGCAAUAAAAAUAAGAAGUUAUUUAGAUAAAAGGGUGCUGUUGAAUUAAUGGUUAACGCAUUAAAGAAUCCUAAUUUAGGUACAAGUGCAAGAUAUGCUCUCUAUGCAGUAAGUGUUCUCGAUUGCUUAUGGAACACCAUUCUGGGCAAUAGAAAAUCUGAAGCUAUCUUUCUGGAUUCUGAAGGUCUCUAUGUAUUAUUGGAAUUCUUAGAAACUUGUGAUGAUAUGCAUAAGAAACUUACUCUGUCUUGUUUAAGUUACUUGAUGGAAAACCCUAAGGCUAUUCCAUACUUUUGUGAUUGGAACUCCCCAAAGACUAUGAUCAACAGUACAUAAUUACUGGUCAAGAUCUAUGUUGCAGAAGAUCAAAGAUAUGGAGUCAAAUAUUCUGAUGGCAUUGUCACCAACAAACUAAGACCUUUGAAUCCACAAAAUGAUCCUAGUCUUAGAACACCAAAUCAAUAGGGAGAUCAGAAAUCAAAACACAUGAAAUCUCUUAGAACAUAAUAGGAGGAUUUAGAAUCAGAUGUUGGCAGUGAGGCUUAUUUAGUAAGAAGGAUAACUGAAAAGUCAGCUGAAUACGAUUUAAGAGCGAUUGUAUUUGCUAUAUUGUAUAGAACAGGAUUUGAUAAGAAUGAAUUGCUACCGAAUGAGAAGUAGAUGGUUGAGGUUAUACAAUUGUAUCCGCAUUUUAAAAUAGGAGAAAUCUGGAGAGAAAUCAAGUAUGACCUUGAAUAAGAUAAAAUCAAGCCUACUUCAGAUGAUUAUCAUUGGUUGAUGACAUCAAUUGAAGAAUCUGAAGAACUUGUAAUGAACUGCAUGAAUACUUAAGGACUUAUUGCAAGAGAGUUCAGAAAAGUCUAAGAAGAAGAACUAACCAAAUUUUACGAUAUUAUUAGAAGUAACAAGUUAACUAAAUGA